UUGUUUCAUGCAUAACAGUCUUAACAAUCCUUCGGAGCGAGCAGUGCGGGCGGUCAAAUUUUCUACUAAUGGAAUCUUCUGGGUGAAGCGGUUUACCGCCCACGGUCAUCGGUAUUUCAAGACUCAUAAACACUCCAACCGUGUUGCUUCCGUGUUAAUGUCCCGAAGUGAUUUGUAACGAGAACCGGCCGAGAGAUUUCGACAGUCACGCUCGAUUCCUUUUUUUACACGUCUCGCGGCCAUCCCUGUGAGCGCGUUUCGAUGGGUAAUCAACAACGUCGCAUCUGCCGCUAUCUCUUUGAAGAGUAGGAAUAAAAUUUGUGUUUUCAUUACGUCCAUGUACAGUGAUUAUGGAUAUAAGGUUAUCUGAUACACAAUCUAUCUUUGACGCUUAGUUUCGUUAAAGUUUAAUUCGACAUUUCGACAACCGAAACAGCAGAUAUACAAGAAAUAAACAUAAGGACUAAUAUAUAAGUAAUUAUGGAAUGCAAGAAAUUGACAUUAUCAGAGGAAUCUGAUAUAUCUCAAAAAGAAAUUGUAAAUAAUUCUGAAAAUAAGGACAAUAUGGAAAGUAGUAUUGAAAAAGUAUUAGAAGAAAACAAAGAAACUGAAGAAUCACAACCUGACAAAGAGGUUACACAAGAAAUAGAUAAUAAAUUAUGUGAAGCGGACAAAGAAACAACUUCUGAAGCGGCAACUAUUGAAGAAGAUUUUAUUCCAAAUACGAAAACAAGUAAUCAUACAACAUGUUUAGAAAUCGCGAUAACAGAAGAUAAUACUAAUAUUGAAAAACCAUCAUCUGAGGAAAAUACUGAAGUUGUAACAUCCCGAGAAAAUGAUGCAGUUGAAAGUUCUUGUGAGAAAAGUAUAUCAAUUAAUGCAAAUAAAGAAGAGCAAGAGAAUGCAAAAGAGUCAACAUCAGAUAUAUCAAAUUUAACAAAAGCAUGUGAUAUAGAAAAUGUGUCAAAUACUGAGAUUUCAUAUAAGGAUGCAAAUAGUACAGCAAAAGAUUGUUUCAAGUCUUCCAAUGAUAAUGCUGCUAGUGAACCGGAAGCAUCUACUCAAGAAAAAGAUAAGGAUUGUGAUAUUCCUAAUGUGUCGAGUGUUAGUGCAGGUGAUGUGCAAAUGUCUCAAAAAGAACCAGAGUCUUCAGAUAGUAAUUUAGAAAAUCCUGACAAAGAUUGUUCUGUGCCUGAAAAAAAUGUUGAACCUGAGAAUACAGAAUUUGUACAAAUUUCUCAUGAAAAACAGGAUGAUACUCAAAUUGAAAAUCACUCUAUGGAUGCAGAAGAUCCAUUUGGUGGUGAUAACCUUGCUUCUGAAAAUGUGGAGCAAAUGGAAGUCGAGGAUCUCGCUGAGGGUGAAGUUAGCUUUAAAAAUAUAUAUGAGCAAGAUAAUAAUUUACAGGAUGCAGUAAGUGCUAAAAGUGAUGAGAAAUGUAAUGAGAAACUUGAUGUUAACUGUACGUCAAACGACCCAAAGGAUGCUGCUGUCAACAAAGUUGUGGACAGUACUGUUGAGACACCAAAUAAUAUACAAAACACUACCGAUUCUCUUGUAAAUACACCAAUGGAAACCGACCUAACGAACGAUAAUACAUCCAAAACAGACACAAGAACCACAUCACCUAUAAAAUCAACCAAAGAUCAAGAUGAACAGGCAAAAAAGAAUAUCGAAGAAGUUACGCCAGUGGAAACAGAUGUGGACCAAACUAAUGUAUUACCAGGACAGGAUGAUGAGUUGUGCAUUAUUCCAGAUAGUAUGAAAGUUAUAAUACCAGACAAAUCGGUAAAAGCAAUAGAGACUGAGCAAAGCGAAUCUGUAGUUGCACAGGACGCGAAGCGCGAUGAAGCGGCACAAAACAGUAGCAAGUCUGAUUCUGACACUGUCAAAAAUGUUACACAAGACGAAAUCAAGUCAGUAGAUACAGAAAAUACAAACAGUAGUACAGAGAGUGCGAUUACUUUCGAAAAUCAAGACACAGAGGCGGUAGAAAAUGUAGCCAAAGCAACGGAUGUUAUUAAUAUCGACGACGAGUCGAAAAACUCAGAGGAAAUAGAGGAAAUUGCUUUCAAAGAGGUAUGCAAGCAGUGUAACGAAGAAAAAAUGUGUAAAAUUCGAGUGAAGAUCGGUUCGGAAAAUUAUAAUGUAUGCUCCAAGACAUGUAAGGUAUUGUUUAAGGCAGCCAACAAUAAAUCGGUAGAUAUACCAAGUGGGAGUCAUCUUGAUGGAUCCUGCAAACGAGAAAAACGUUGCGCAACUUGUUUACUAAUCGUAGAGGCAAACGACGAACGAAAUCUUUCUUGGGAAACCAUGGAAUUUUGCAAUGAAGAAUGUCUGGGAAAGUUUCAAAGAAAAUAUGGAAGUUAUUGUAAGAAUUGCAAUGGCAUAGUGCAAGCUGUGAGUUUAGGUAAAUACUGCGUGAGAUUUGGAUGUGAUGUGAGACAAUUUUGUUGCUCGACGUGUCUAGAGGAAUUUAAAAAGGGAUUGAAGGUGUGCAGUUACUGUCAGAAGGACAUAAGCCUUAGCACAGAUGGUUUUCUCGCGCCGGUCGGCGAAAAAGGGCAAUUUAAAGAUUUCUGUACUCAAGAUUGCAUGGAAAAAUAUUCGAAAUUGAACUCCGCAGAACCACCCUCUAUGGAGAAAAAACCCUGCAGUGUUUGUCAAGAGGUAAAACCUGUACAUUGCGAGGUCCAAAUAUACAAUAGCUCGCCAGUAGCUAUAUGCAGUGAGCCCUGUUUCGCUGCAUUUAAAUUUGUAAAACAAGUCAAACCCGAAUUAUGUUCGACAUGCAAGAAAUUUUUUGAAUUGCCGAACAAGCAGAAUUUCGUCGUAUUUUACGAAAAUGAACCGCACACAUUUUGUAACAAAACAUGCUUGAAUAUAUUUAUCAUAACAAAUAGGAAGAUAGUGCCAUGUAACUGGUGUAAAGUAAAGAAAUACAACUUUGAUAUGAUCAAAAAGGAACUGAAGUCGGGACCGAUCCUGAUGAUGUGCAGUUUAAAUUGUUUAACAUUGUAUCAGGUUUCCAUCAAUGCAGUGUCUGCAAAACGGAUCAAUUGUGAUUUUUGCAAGGAGUAUUCUCUGGCGCACUACCAUCUCACAAUGUCGGACGCGACAAUACGUAAUUUUUGCUCAUACAAUUGUGUGAUGAACUUUCAAUCGCAGUACACGAAAUCUCCGAUAACUAUACCGUCCAGCGACGAUCCCGUGCCUACGGGUGUGCCGAAAAGGACGAUACCGCAGAAGAUCGGGUGUCAAACCGUGCAGAAGUCCAACGAAGUACAAACUAAGAAAACCAUGCCGGUGAUUUCAUCGGUGACGAGUUUAGCCACGAUAGGGAAUGGUCAGACGAGCCCUAAUACUCAGCAGAAUAACAUUGUCAUGCCCGCAAGCACUAUAUCGCAACAAACGGCGCCGAUCGUCUACAAGCAGCAAGUCAUCACUAGGCCGCCCAGUCCGGUGAAGGUGCACAACAAAACGACUCAGUGCAAGCCUGUCGUGCACACGAAGGGCGUCUCUGUACGCCCACAUCCUUGCACGAAGUGGACGCAAACAAAGAGCCCUCAACAAGCUGUGAUUCCCAUACCGGUGCCGAUCUACGUUCCGUUUCCCGUGCACAUGUAUAGCAUGCCUUUCCCAGUCCCAGUGCCUUUCCCACUGCCUAUUCCCAUUCCCCUCUUUAUACCUACUACAAGAAACAGUGCCAAGGGAAUCAUGAAGGACAUAAAAAGAAUACAAGAGAAAAUACCGUCCGAUCCGUAUGAAGCUGAACUACUCAUGAUGGCGGAGAUGGUAGCUACUGAGAAGAAAACUAACGACAGCGAUUCGGAUUCAGUAGAUGACAGGGAUGGUGACACAGCUGAUCAAGACAAUUUACAUAGUGAUGGUUUCAGUCCAGAGGCAGUUGAUUCCAGUAAUACUUUUGGCGACGAUAUGUUACAAAUGGCAUUAAAAAUGGCUACGGGAGAGUUAGAUGAACCUGCAGUUGACUUGGAGGCUGCAUUGACGCCAAACACGAUCACAGCUACGCAACCACCAUCACAAGCAGAAGCUACUAUGGAUAAUGAUGUACAAUCGGAACGAUUAAUCACUACUUCUAGAGGAAGGAAACGUAUGGCGUCAUAUAAACCACGAUCAGCAUCGGCUAAACGAGCCAGACGAGUAUCUGGUACAAACGACAUACCAUUAAUGCCACCACCGGAGCCGCAACCGCCUCCGCAACCGCGUAUCAUAGAGCCGAUAGAAAAGCCCGACGCUAAUAUGACAUUGAAAUAUACAUUCGGCGUAAAUGCAUGGAGGCAAUGGGUUAUAGGAAAAAAUGCCGAAUUAGAAAAGCAAAUUACACCAAUGAGAAAGAUUAAAUUGUUCAAGACAGAUCUCCUGCAACUUACUGCAGACGAAUUGAAUUAUUCCUUGUGUCUUUUCGUAAAAGAAGUAAAGAAGCCGAAUGGUGCAGAGUACGCUCCCGAUACGAUAUACUAUCUUUGUCUAGGGAUACAGCAGUACUUGUUUGAAAAUAAUAGGAUCGACAACAUAUUCACGGAUUCUUACUACGAGAAGUUUACAGACUGUCUAAAUGAAGUCGCGAAAAAGUUUUCCAUGCUUUACAAUGAAGCACAAUACAUUGUAACCAGAGUGGAAGAAGAACACUUGUGGGAGUGCAAACAAUUAGGUGCACAUUCUCCGCAUGUGUUGUUAAGUACACUUAUGUUUUUCAAUACAAAACAUUUUAAUCUCGUGACGGUAGAAGAACACAUGCAACUGUCAUUUUCGCACAUUAUGAAACAUUGGAAACGCAAUCCAGCAGCUCAAGCUAGUACAGCAGUGACAGGGAAAGCGCCGAGAAAUGUUCUUCUACGAUUUUAUCCACCACAAUCGGCCCUUGAAAAUAAUUCGAGGAAAAAGAAGGUGUAUGAGCAGCAGGAAAAUGAAGAAGAUCCAUUGAGAUGUCCUGUCAAACUGUACGAAUUCUAUUUGUCAAAAUGCCCUGAAAGCGUUAAAACUCGUAACGACGUUUUCUACUUAUUGCCAGAGCGCAGUUGUGUACCGGAUAGUCCGGUAUGGUACUCGACAUCACCACUUGCGAAGGAACAUCUCAUCAAAAUGUUAUAUCGUAUUAAAAUGGUUAAAGAAAUUAAUGUAGCGUUACUUACGAGUUAA